AUGAUUUUUGAUGGCCUUAAAGAAAAGGUUCUGUCUUUAUUUGAUCACGUGAUGCAACCAAAAGUUUUAGUUUGUGACGCUACUCAGAGUAUAAGAAAUGCUUUCAUCGCAGUUUUUGGUACCACACCAGUUAUUCCUAUGUGUUGGGCUCACGCGAAGAAAAAUAUGCACCCAAAAGCUUUUGUUGAAAAAUGGCAGACUCAAACCGAGUUCAUUCACUACUUUAAAGAAGAAUGGUUAAAGAAACAUCCAAAUUGGUUUUUAGGCGCAGCGCCGUGUUCACCCGCCACAAAUAAUGCAUUAGAAGCAUUCAAUCGGAACAUAAAAGACCAAAACACCUUACGUGAACGUCUUCCACUUUCACAUUUCUUGACCAUUGCCACUGAGAUGGUUGCUCAGUGGUCUUUACAAAGCUGCAAAGAACCUUUACCUGAAACACCUACUAUAGAGCUGAAGGACUGGACCGAUGGAUUCCGUGUCGUGAACGCACCGAUUGCUUUUGUGUCUCUCUCUAGUCUCUUAGUUAUUGUGUUGCUUGCUCUUUUUUUCUUUUGUUGUGAAAAUUGGCGUCGUCUAGUGCUGGCGUUAGGUGUGAAAAAGUAUGCACAAAAAUACUGUAAAGAAUGGGAGUAUGAUCCAAAUUUAAAAGAUUGGAUUUGUCCUGACCCCACUGGUGAAAACUAUGCAAGGUGCAAAUAUUGUAAAGUCACAUUAGUACCCCACAAGAAAGAACUUAACUAUCACGCAAAGAGUAAAAAACACAUAAAAGCUGUGUCAUUAGAUAAAGCGGCGAAGUCCUGUCAGCAAUUGCCUUUUAUAAAAACAGUUUCGAAGAAUAACAAAACUGCGGAAUUAAAAACAGCUGCUUAUAUAGUUGAACAUAGUGCUAUUCAAAAUGUAGAUCAUUUAGGUGAAAUCCUGCCAUGUCUUGAUCUGAAAUCAGAAGUUCUGGGGACGUUAAAAAUACACAGAACUAAAUGCAGCAUGCUAAUAAAAAAACGUUCUUGGUCCAGUAAUGAUGCAAGAAAUGAUAUCAGAUGUUGGUGA